AUGCACUCUGUGAAGAAGGUGGUCCUGAUCACCGGAUGCUCCUCUGGGAUUGGACUCAGUCUGGCCGUAAGACUGGCCUCGGAUCCGGGAAAGAAAUACAAAGUUUAUGCCACGAUGAGGGACCUGGACAAGAAGCAGCGUCUGUUGGAGAGCGUGAGAGGUUUGCACAAAGACACACUGGACAUUCUGCAGAUGGACGUCACCGACCGCACCUCCAUCGACCGAGCCAAGGUUCAGGUGCAGGAGGGACACGUGGACAUUUUAGUGUGCAAUGCGGGCGUGGGUCUCAUGGGGCCCCUGGAGCUGCAGACUGUGGAGGUGAUGAGGAGGGUGAUGGAGGUGAACCUGUUCGGGACACUUCAGACCUUCCAGACCUUUCUCCCCGACAUGAAGUCCAGAGGAGGGGGCCGCAUCCUGGUGACGGGCAGCACCGGAGGCCUCCACGGCCUCCCCUUCAGCGAGGUUUACUGUGCGAGUAAGUUUGCCAUCGAAGGAGCGUGUGAGUGUCUGGCCGUGCUCCUGCAGCAGUUCAACAUACACGUGAGCCUGGUGGAGUGUGGUCCGGUAAACACAGACUUCCUGUUGAACCUGCACAGGACUGAACCGGGCGACCCCUUGUUAGACGCGCUUGACCCGCUGACUCUGCGCCUCUACCAGACCUUCCUGCAGCACUGCGGGGCCAUGUUCCAAAACGUGGCCCAAGACACCGACGAUAUUGUCAAGGUAUUUUUGGACGCAAUUGAAUCCCCUGAACCGGCCUUCAGAUACUACACCAAUGGAAGUGUGCCCCCUCUGGUCAAACUGAAAACUGCGCUGCCAGACGGACUGGAGUACAUCCGGGAAAUCGGAAAAAUAACGUUUGCACAAGACCUAGAAGAGGCUCAUCAGGAGCAUUUUGGCUCCUGCGGCUCGCUGUUACUGAGCAGCAGGACCCUUCCUCUGGCUCCUUUCUCCUCCGUGAGACUGAGCCGUGGUUUUGUUCACCUGAUCACAGCUGCCCAUCCCCAGAGGAUAGAGCACUUUGAAAGCAGGACCCUGAGAUACACUCCGGAGCAGAUUUACGACAUCGUGGCCAACGUGGACCAGUACAGCUGUUUCGUCCCAUGGUGCAAAGCUUCCCGGAGCGCACGGAGCAGAAACGGACAUGUUCUGGCUGAGCUGACGGUCGGAUUUCCUCCAGUCUUUGAACGCUACGUCUCUGAGCUCUCGCACGUCCCAAACCAUCAAAUACGGGCAGUGUGCAGAGACUCCUCGCUCUUCCACCAUCUGGAGUCUGUCUGGAGCUUCUCACCUGGUCCUGCUCCAGACUCCUGCAUCGUGGACUUCACUGUUUCCUUUCAGUUCAAGUCGCUGCUCCACUCUCAGCUGGCAGCGGUGAUUUUCAAAGAAGUUGCCAGAGAAAUCGUCAGCGCCUUCGAGUCCAGAGCUGCUGAACUUUACAGAAAUACAAUAUCUUCAACAAAACAACCACCAAAGUUUUGA